GUACGUUUUGCAACGCAACCGAUUUACGAAUAUUUUCGAAGUAGACAAAAAGCAGCGAGAAUAAAUCAUGAAUUAUGCCAAAAUUAAACCAUAUUCUAUAAGAAUCGAAUAAAAUAUACGUUUGGAGUGUGAUAGUUGUGCUUACUUGUAAUGUAAAUUGUGGUUCAAUUGUCAACGAGUUUAAAGAUUAUAUGAGUGGGAAAACGGUUAAUCGUACGAUAACCGAAAUUGUAAUGAAUGUGUAUGAAAUUGGAACGAUAAACAUUUUUUGGUCGGUUUCAAUAUGUUCAUCUUAUUAUUUGACAUCGAUGCUUCGAUCAGUUGUCGAUGUCACCAAUAUUAUUUAGCAUUGUUAUGCGUUUGUAUGUUGCUUAUAAAUUGUUGCGGUUUUGUGGAAACAACAUCGUUAAAAAUUGAUGCCAGCACACCAAAAAGUGAUCCGGUGAUAUCACCAUCGCCUGUGAAGCAACAAUCCAAACCGUCAUCGGUUAUCUAUAUUCCAUCAUUGGACGACGUGAAUACGGUUAGCAGUAUACACGCAUCGGAGCAUGACAUACGGUUUGAAGAUUUUUUUUGGAAUGGAUCAGGAGACGAACCAUUAACGUUAUCAUUGAAAUCGAAUGCGCGCCUGACGGCAGUUAACGGGUUUGUUGGACGCGAAACAUUCAUCAAAACAGCAACUGUCAUUGCUACUGUUUACAUAGAUGAUUCGAAUGAAAAUGGAAAAGAUCCAGAUUGUGAUUCGGACAAAUGCGAUACGGAUUCAAAUGAAAUACCCGACGACUAUUUGCCAGUAAAUAAGCAUUUUUGGCUCGUCACAAGGGUUCAUGGUUACUUAAACGAUGAUGAUAUCCCACAGCUACAACAAAAACUAGCCGAUAUUUAUCGGAUUGCGUUCAUGAGACAACAAUCGUUGCACUUAGGUUUAUUGAAUGUCACCGUUGAAAAUUCGGACGAACCAAUAGCCGGUGGCAGCGGUGCCAUCGGCAACAGUUCAUUUGCCAACGGUUCACUUGAUACAACGCCAAUCAUAGAUAAUAAACAAAGUACAAAUUCGUCACUGCCAAUUAAUUCGACAUCAGUUCUGAAAUAUGAAUAUGCAAUUCCCAAGCCAACUGUAUCCAAUUUCCAAUCGAUUGUAUCGAUGAUACAAGCCACAUUGGAAAAUCAAACACUAUCGGAUGAAAAUGUAAAUUCAACGACAAACACAACAAUUGAUACAACAUUGACAAUGCAAGCGAAUCAUAGUGAGGGUCAUCGACACAAACGGUCCAUGUCUUCCAUUUUACCAUCACCAAUUGCACCGAUACCAUCCAACAUACAGCAACAUAAUUCAACCGAAAUUCUUCUUCAAUCAACCAAUGCGAAAACACAAUCGAAUUUUAGCAAUACCACCAAUUCCAAUUUCAAAUCAAGCCAUUUACAAAAUGCACCCAUCGACAAUGUUGGUAAAACAAAUACGAAAAAUUCAACGCCAAGAGGUACAAAGAAAAAUCGAAACGAUGCAAUCAUUGGUCACAUUAGCGUUCUAAUACACAACAUAUCUGUGAUAAGCAAUGCUGACAGAGAUUAUUUGGAUAAUUUGGAAAAGGAAUGGACUAAUCCAGCACAAGGCUAUAACUUCUCUUCCGAUGCAGUCACGUCAGCUGACAAUCAAACCGAAAUUAUCUACACGGUCUUUGUAAAUGGUAUUCCAGUUUUGGCAACCAUCGCAGCCAACGAUAUGAAGUUGAUGAGCGACACAGAAGUUUCGAAAAUAUUAGAGAAAUCCAUUUUCACCAAGGCCGAACCUUAUUUGAAAGAGCCACAAGCAACACCGCUGAUACCCUCAUCUACAAUGACCACAAAUCAAAAUAAACCCAUUUUGGCGAUGAUUUUCCAAAAUCCAUACAUUUUGGCGUUCAUUGGUGCAUUGCUGCUGUUAAUUAUACUGUUACUUAUGAUAUUGAUGUUGAUAACUGGUUCGAAAAAACAGCGCACAACAACAACAGCAUCAGGGACGAAAAGAAAAGGAGUUUCGAAGGCGGCACAAACAGCGCAGCAAUCGUUUUUACCGCCGGUGCCAGUAUCAGUACCACAUUUGCAACCGCAGUCAAAUGCCAAUACUACAAUCGGACAUAUGCCGAGCAUCGAUGAAAGCCAUCAAUUUCGCUCAAACAUGACGAGUGAAAUUCCGAGCAGACAUUCGAAUACAAUACGACAAAAGAAACAAGUUGGCACGCAAAUAACUUCAUUACAUGAUACAGUCGAUGGAUUUGCCUGUGAACGUGAUCACAGUUUUAUAAUUAUACCAACACCACUCAAACGUAAACACCAUAAAAAAGUUGGAACGCCAACCAUCUAUUUUCCGGAGCCACCGUCUUCAGAACCAUCUUCGCCAAGUCAUUCACAAACUCAAUCAUCGUCAUCAUCAUCGUCAACAUCAGACACAUCAUCCAUAUAUUACAUAAAAAAGCAUAAAAAUCGACGAAGCCAUCAUUUGUAUGCAAAACGACCAAAACGUGUUGCAUCACUAAAUCAUCGUGAAUAUGCAACAAUAACAAAAAAGCAAAUUGAACGCGCGCAAAAAAAGUCAAAACAUAAACGUAAAUAUUUGAAAAGUGGCAAUGGCAAUCGAAUCGGUGCAUUCGAAGAGACCGUGCAGGUACAUUCAUCACGCAGCUCAUCAACGGCCGGUAAAACAGAACGGCAACAAAAACAACCAGAUGAAUGCAGACAAAUACGCAAUUCGAGUGGUGGCGGUGGUGUCAGAAAUAUGGAAACAAUACCCAACGGUAGCGAUGACACAUUCGAAAUGUCGACGGGAAAAGAUUCAAAUGUAUACGAACACAUUGAAGCGUUCAAUCCGAUGAUUGGAAAAAGGAAAAAUCUCCAUAAUCAAAUCAUAUCAAUGAAACAAAUGAAUAAUGAUGAAACAAAAACGAUAAUCUCAAACGAAAGUGAAAAACGCGUAUCAAGUAACGCGCAUCGUGAUGGCAAACGACAAAAUAAAAACGAUACGGUCAAUCAUACGAAAAACGAAAUGACUGCAUUUAGAACACGAUCCGCAUACGAUAGAUCGAAAAAAGCGACGGACAACAAACCUGCCAAAGAAUCGAAUCGUUCAUCAGACGAUAGUCGAAAGAUACAAAUGGAUCGUUUAUCAAAUCAAUUGUCAAACGAUGAAGUGCAUACAGCAAACGAUGACUUGAGCAUUGGAUCAUUUUUAAGCAUGGCAUCAAUUCGAAGUUUUCCCAAAUGCAAUGUACCUGAACCAUUAAGUCGUGUCCUUGAACCGGCUAAAGAUACACAAUUAGAUCAAUACGAUGAAAUCGAAGCUACGGCAGCAGCCACAAUAGCAUCCAAACUACCACGAAUCGUUGACGCCAAAGCAAAAAAUCCACCACCGAAAUUGCAACAGAAACAGCAACAACAACAGCACGAACCAACAACAACAAUGCCAAUGGAUAAGAAAAAUGAUGAAAUUGUAUAUUUGACACGAACUCGUAGCGAUGGUGCUGAUCCAGGAGUGAUUGGGCCCAUAGCAUGGCAAUAUCAUAAAAAGCGGCUUGAGGAGCAAGAGAGAGCAAAGCUUCACCGCGAUCCAUUGUAUACACAACAUCGAUAUGAGGAUUUAUUGGAGGGAGCCAUCAGUUUGUAUUCGAUUGAAACCACCGAAUAUCAUACCAUUGAAACCAUAACGAAAGAAGAAUUUCCCGAAAUUUUAAUUGGAAAAGAUGUGAGAGGCAAGUCAGCAGACAUGUAUAAUCCCAACUCAACAUCGGUAACGAAAUCGUCACCAAAACCAUAUCGUCCUUUUACAGCAAUGAUGGCCCCAAAAACGGCUCCUGAAGAACCUCUUAUCACUUCAAAAGGUGCCUGGACCGGAUCAACAGUGAUUCGUCCAACGAGUGGUGAUAAGUCAGUCGAAAAUCCUUCUCCCAAUCAAUUAAAUCCACCACAAAAUAAACCGGAAUAGAAGAGAUAACAUAGAUGACCUAUCCACUCAAAUCGAACAACUAUCACGUAUCUUAUGAAUGUAUGAAGUCACUUUUGAAUGAAUUUUCGUUAAAUUUAAAUCCUAUUUUUCAUCCAAUAUCAAAUGUAUCGAAAUUUAAGAAAAGUUUUGUA